AUGAAGCUGUUGUCGCGUCUAUUGACGAUACUGACGCGGCGACGGCUUCUACAGCGGAUCCUCCACCCAACGAGCCGGCCACUGAUCUGGAUAGCCAGUUCGCGGAUAACUUUGAAGGCAUCAACUGGGAUACUCUGCCAGCGUAUGGGAAGCCUCCAUGUACGCUCAAACACAAGAAGAGCUGGGUCUUUCAGCACGGCUAUCGCGUCGCGUCUCUUAGAGACUUAA